GCCACAGACUCCCCGUCGGCUUCCCUCCGAGCGGCCGCGGCGGUUUGGAGCUUGCUGACAGCUCUGCGACCGGCAGACGCAGCCUCGUCUCGUGCUUCCACGUUAUCCUAUCAGAGACGGGGCGGGGCGGCGGCCUCCGCAGCCUAUCAGCGCGGACCACGACCCCGGCGAGCCCGGGAGGAAAGCCGCCAGAAAGAAGGCGAUUGGACGGCGGCGGCGCUCCGGGGCGUAGCGUCGCCCGGGCCCCGCCCACCGCUGCCUUCCUCUGCUGGGCUCCAGAGCCGCUGAGGCCUGAGCGAGAGCCGACCGGGGCGGGCGCAACUGCUGCCAGAGCGCCGGCGCGUGCUGGUGGGCCACACACUCUUCCUUCUCUUCACUUGGCGAGCCCUCGGACAUGGUGGCCCCCGGCUCCGUGACCAGCCGGCUGGGCUCGGUGUUCCCCUUCCUGCUAGUCCUGGUGGAUCUGCAGUACGAAGGUGCCGAAUGUGGAGUAAAUGCAGAUGUUGAGAAACAUCUUGAAUUGGGCAAGAAAUUACUUGCAGCUGGACAGCUAGCUGAUGCUUUAUCUCAGUUUCAUGCUGCCGUAGAUGGUGACCCUGAUAACUAUAUUGCUUAUUAUCGGAGGGCUACUGUCUUUUUAGCUAUGGGUAAAUCAAAAGCUGCACUUCCUGAUUUAACUAAAGUGAUUCAGUUGAAGAUGGACUUCACUGCAGCAAGAUUACAGAGAGGUCACUUAUUACUCAAACAAGGAAAACUUGAUGAAGCAGAAGAUGAUUUUAAAAAAGUGCUCAAAUCUAAUCCAAGUGAAAAUGAAGAAAAGGAAGCGCAGUCUCAACUUAUAAAAUCUGAUGAAAUGCAGCGUUUGCGUUCGCAAGCACUUGAUGCUUUUGAAAGUGGAGAUUAUGCUGCUGCUAUAGCCUUCCUUGAUAAGAUUUUAGAGGUUUGUGUUUGGGAUGCAGAACUACGGGAACUUCGAGCUGAAUGUUUUAUAAAAGAAGGAGAACCUAGGAAAGCUAUAAGUGACUUAAAAGCUGCAUCAAAGUUGAAGAAUGAUAAUACUGAGGCGUUUUAUAAAAUAAGCACACUGUACUACCAGCUAGGAGACCACGAACUGUCCCUCAGUGAAGUUCGGGAGUGUCUUAAACUUGACCAGGAUCAUAAAAGGUGUUUUGCACACUAUAAACAAGUAAAGAAACUUAAUAAGCUGAUUGAGUCAGCUGAAGAGCUCAUCAGAGACGGCAGGUACACAGAUGCUACCAGCAAAUAUGAAUCUGUCAUGAAAACAGAGCCAAGCAUUGCUGAAUAUACAAUUCGUUCAAAGGAGCGGAUUUGCCAUUGCUUUUCUAAGGACGAGAAGCCUGUUGAAGCUAUUAGGGUUUGUUCUGAAGUUUUACAGAUGGAACCUGACAAUGUGAACGCCCUGAAAGACCGAGCAGAGGCCUAUUUAAUAGAGGAAAUGUAUGAUGAAGCGAUUCAGGAUUAUGAAACUGCUCAGGAACACAAUGAAAAUGAUCAGCAGAUUCGAGAAGGUCUAGAGAAAGCACAAAGAUUAUUGAAACAGUCGCAGAAACGAGAUUAUUAUAAAAUCUUGGGAGUAAAAAGAAAUGCCAAAAAGCAAGAAAUCAUUAAAGCAUACCGAAAAUUAGCACUGCAGUGGCACCCAGAUAACUUCCAGAAUGAAGAAGAAAAGAAAAAAGCUGAGAAAAAGUUCAUUGACAUAGCAGCUGCUAAAGAAGUCCUCUCUGAUCCAGAAAUGAGAAAGAAGUUCGAUGACGGAGAAGAUCCCUUGGAUGCAGAGAGCCAGCAAGGAGGCGGCGGCAACCCUUUCCACAGAAGCUGGAACUCAUGGCAAGGCUUCAAUCCCUUCAGCUCAGGCGGACCGUUUCGAUUUAAAUUCCACUUCAAUUAAACCAACUGUUUUUCUGCUCUUCUUCCUUAAUUUUUUUAAAGAUUAAAAACAAAGAAAUCUUCCUCCGGGACCCUAAUGAAAAAAGAAUUCAAAUCUUUGUUUGUCCAUGACCAAAGAGUUGCUUUAAUAGGAAAAAAAUCUGUUCUCAUCCCUGUUAGAUUUAUGGUUAAUGGGUUUGCAACGGCAGGGAGGCAAGGAAUGGUUCUAUUUCUGACAGAGCAGCCUGCAUCUGUUUUAUGCUGUGUGGAGGAAGUGGUCUGAGGCAGGCUCACCUGUGGACGUGCUCACGUAUUCUGUAUUUUUCUACACUGGAGCUGAGAUUCUUCUCUUCACAGCCUUGCAGAGUAAGUCUGUGCCUACAAAUGUAAGAAGGAGCUGUAAUCUUCAUGAGAAUGGUUAGUAUUCUUAAAGAGAACAUGAACGGUUUUGAGCUGUGCUUCGAUGUGGUCUAGUCACUUGUGAGUAGCUGUGAAAGCUUUAGUGUGCAUGUGUUUACACCUCUGUGGUCUGUCAACAUGGCUGUCACUGAAGGAGCAAGAGACCAUCUUUUAGGAACCCUGGCACCAAAUGGUAAUAUAUCCAGGCUUAGACUUUGGAUUAAUGUUAAAUGUACAUUUUUUUUUUUUGGUUCAGUACCUGAAGAAUACUGAAACUUGAAUCUAUAAAUUCCUAUGGACCCUUUUAAUAUUAAACACAACAAAUUAAAAGUUGUGGGUCAAAUAGGUUCAGAUAAAAUAGUGGUGGUAUUUAAAAUAAUAUUGCUGAAGUGCAGAUUGAAAUACUUUUUAAACAACUGAAGUUGUGAGUUUUUAUAGAGAAUUUCAUGUAACAAGACUGGCUUAGAAACGUAAAGUUGCACAGUCAACAUAAAUAAAUACAGAAUUCCCACUUUUAAGUAAAGACAGUUGGCAGCUUCUCCUUCUCUUAUACCAAGGCUUGACCUUAUCUUAAAGGUCUCUGGUGCCUCCCACAUGGGACUUGUCUGCUGGUAUGUGUUAAACAGUAGGCCUGCCCUUCUACCAGAUCUUGAUGCCUCUGAUGUUCUCCUGCCUACAAGAAAAUACAGGCUUGCAAGUUUAGUCAGGUCUGGCUGUAUUUCCACUGUUGUUUCAUUUAAUAAGAUGACAUCUCCUCUUGAGAUACAUUCUUCUUACCUUUUAAGAAGAUACUGUUUAAGAAGUGAACUAUUCAGUCUUUGUAUACUGAAUGCUUUUUCCCUAAAAAUUGUUACUUUAAUCAAGAAUAUUGAAUAUUUAUGGAACUCUUGAUGCUGCAUUUGAAAGCUGAGGGAAUUACUUUAGAUAGGAAUUGCUACCUUUAUUCUGGAAAGGUUUUGUUUCUGCCUCAAAGCAUUUUGAAGUGUUUUAACCAUUAAAGGGUCUAAUUUUUUUAAUGAAAUCAAGCAUUUUAAUUCACUGUGGGAGGCAUCCUGACCACAGACAUCCAUAACAGCAAAGCACAAACCGUUUUCAUCCGUAGUCUUAUCCUGAAAUAUACAUGGACAAACUUUUAACUGGGAGACAAAAACCACAUAGUUGAAUUGAGCAAAACAUUUAAGUGCUUUCUGCAUCUAUUUAGGAGUCUAUUUCUUACCAAUAAACUUGACAGUGCAUUUGGAAAACUAGUGAACACCUUGCAGCUUUCGUUUUGCUUCAAUGUUUCGAUUCAAGCCAGUGUAAAAAUAAUUUCCAAGGCAUUUCUGUCUAUUAUUUAGUAAUCUCACUACUGGCUAUGUCAGCAAUAUCUUUUUCAAUCUCUUUCCUUUUGUAUAUGUCACUGACCUCUUUGAAAUAUAGUGAUGGCUUUGACCUACUUUGAAAAGAAUUUUCAUAUAGAAUCAGAAAAAAAGGAAAUAUCAAAUCACUUGCCCUCCACUUGGAGAGCACGACAGUUGCCAACAACAAGGGGUCAAGGGCCGCACAGGAGACGUGUCCCGGGCCUGACCACCUCCCACCCGCUGCCCAGAGGCUUGUUUGCAUUUUCAUUUUUUCUCCGCCUGUAACAACCAUAGUUUCAGUUUCUAAAUUCUUAUCAUGGAUUUAAGUUAGUCAUCUUAACUGAUGUGCAGAGUUACUUGUCUGUUUUCAGUGAAGAGAGAGAAGCAACUCUGGUGCCACAUACCAGUGCCAUGGAGGGAAAUGAAUUCUCUGCAAUCUGUUGUUUUGCUGAUUCAUGAAGAAAGUAACAACUGUUGAGUUUCAGCCUUGAUGGCCAUUGGCAAUUUUCUGGUGUCCACCCAAAGGGAAAGACAGUCAUUCCCUGCUUCCCCUAAACGGUGACUGAGCAGCAGCCUGGAUGUUAAAGAGAUAGAUAGUCACUCCCCUUGCCUGACUGUAGGGUAUCAUUAGCCAUUGUAAAACCGUACUACUUUCAUUUUCCCUUGGGGACUGCAGGUGCCAGGUAAACUUUUUUUUUUUUUUUGAGACAAGAGUCUUGCUCUGUUGCCCAGGCUGGAGUGCAGGGACGCCUCCCGGGUUCAAGUGAUUCUCCUGCCUCAGCCUCCAAGUAGCUGGGACUACAGGCGUGCACCACCAUGCCUAAUUUUUGUAUUUUUAGUAGAAACGGGGUUUCACUGUGUUAGCCAGGAUGGUCUUGAUCUCCUGACCUUGUGAUCUGCCCACCUUGGCCUCCCAGAGUGGUGGGAUUACAGGCAUGAGCUACCGCGCCCGGCCAUCAGGCAACUUCUAUGGCUCUUUCAGGAAAAGUGAAAUCAGAGAGGGGUACCCUAGCUAUAGCUCUGUUAUAUUCUGCUCUUCUUUCCUUUUUGGUGAGCUCCAUGGGUGGAGUUAUCAGGGGUCUGUACUUUGUGGAUAUUUUGCCCAGCAGGAAGUAAUAGACAUAUCAGUCUAGAAGCACUGUGAAAAGUUUCCAAAACGGGAGACAAAAUUUAACCCAUUCCUCAGUUCUGAAAGUUUGUGCUGUCUUACCAUGAAUAGAUGAAAACUUGAAAAAAAUCUCGACAGCUUACUAAUGUGAAUCGGAUGUAACAUACUACUAAUUCUACAAUGUCUUUAGUAUUAAAAAUCUUUUUUAAAGUAUUGGUAUGAAAACAAAUUUUUGUUGCCCUGAUGAUGGAAUUUUAAAACUACCCAUGGUUUAGGAGAAAACAUAACUGUAAAAAAGGUAGCCAAUAAAACCACAAUUUGAAAUUGAUACCAUUUUCUACUCACCAUGGAUGAUGAAAAAUUUCACCUUUAAAUGGAUCAGAAGUUGUCUUUGACAUUUACCAUGAAAAAACUACAUAAAAUGGCUCCCUGGUGAGGUUACAGACACAGGGCCCUGGUGAUGGGCGUUGCAAAGUUUUCAUCGAGCACACGGCAAUGGUAUAACCUAGAGAAGUUCAUGCAACUUUGUUGAAUGUAGUUGACUUUUCCAAAUUUAUAAAGGAAGAAGGCAAAUGUUAAUUUGCCAACAACUAAUAUCCUUUUUCUAAAUCAGAUCAUUCCUUUUUUGUUAGUGGCAGUUUAUCCUGUAAUUUCAAAUGACGUUAAGAGGUGGAAUUAUUUGGGGUUUUUUCUUUUUGUUUACAGAAGAUCUCAUUUGCUGAAUGAUUUAAGAGUAAAAUUAGCCACUGCGUGGCUUUGUGUAUAGUAACCGGUUUUGUUGCACUUGUCUGUGGCUGAAACACUUACCUGCAGUGGGAAGCCGAGCAAGGAGGAGGUAAACAUUGGAGAUGUUUGUGAAAAUAUUACUCUUACCAUGAGGUUUUAGUUUGUUUUGAAUGAGAAAAGACUAAGUAACUUAAUCCAUCUCAAUGUAGUGUUUUAAUAAAAAAGGAACCUAAUAUUUGAAAUGGGUCUCAGACAUGUCUACAAAUAUGGGUACUAUUUUUAUGCCCUUGUAUUUUCACAUUUAAUAAAAAUAUUUAUGGUCAUAUCAGUA